AUGCAGGCCGAUUCAUCUUUAAAUCAGGAACAGACUGCCUGGGCCAUUCUUAUUACAUUGGGAAGUUGGUUCCGCAGUUUAUUGAUAACAAAGAAACAUGACGUUUCCAGUGAUCAACAACAUCCUGUGGGCUCUUUGAAUUGCAAACUGAGUGAGUUUACUCCAGUGACUGAAGUUCAACUUCGCCAUCUCAUCAAGUCAUUACCACCGAAGUUCUGCAGUCUUGAUCCUCUUCCAACUUGGUUGCUCAAAGACUGUAUUGAUGAACUUCUACCGCUUCUCAUAAACAUUAUCAAUUCAUCACUCACAACAGGUGUUGUCCCUGAAUCAUUCAAAUCAUCACUAGUUCUUCCUCUGUUGAAAAAGCCCAAUCUUGAUCCGAAUGACUUUGGCAAUUAUCGCCCUAUUGCCAACCUGCCAUUUGUUAGCAAGGUUUUGGAGAGAAUCGUCGCAUCCCAGCUCAUGUGCUAUGUGGACAGUCAUCAUUUGCUUCCUGAGAAGCAGUCAGCAUAUCGCAACUUUCAUUCAACAGAAACGGCUCUCUUGAAAGUACUCAACGAUCUACUGCUUACCGUCGACAAGGGUAACGAAGCUGCACUCCUUCUACUGGACUAUUCUGCGGCGUUUGACACUUUAGACCACUCAGUGUUGCUCCAGCGUCUUGCACGUGACUACUCCAUUACCGGAACGGCUCUAAAUUGGAUUGAGUCAUACCUGCAAGAUCGUACUCAGCGGGUGAUUAUCAAUGGAACUUUCUCAGCACCUUUCGCUUUGAGCUGCGGAGUCCCCCAAGGUUCUGUUGUGGGCCCUCUCCUAUUUCUUCUGUACACUGGUCCUCUCGCAAAAAUUAUCACUAGCCAUCGGGGUGUGAGUUAUGCCAUGUAUGCAGAUGACACGCAAAUCUACGUAUCCAUGGCAUCCGACCAGAAGACAUAUGCUGUUAAUCUACUGAGUGACUGCCUCAAGGACAUCAAGGUCUGGUCAGCGAAGAACAGACUCCGUCUCAACGAAGCCAAAUCAGAACUGGUACAUCUUUCUUCGCAAUUUAGAGCUACGGAGCCUCUGCCGGACUUCAAUACGGGAGAGGGCAUACUUAAGAUGUCUGACUCUGUCAAAGACCUUGGUGUCACUUUAGACAAGCACCUUACCCUCCAGCCACAUAUCAGGAACAUCUGCAAAUCAGCAUCAUGGGGUUUAUUUAGGAUUGGUAAGGUCAGGCGACUACUCGACCAAGCCUCUACUGAAAAACUCAUUCAUGCCUUCGUCUCAUCCCAUCUAGACUAUUGCAACUCCCUCUUUGCCGGCCUCCCAAUUUCUUCCAUCUCUCCCCUCCAGCGAAUCCUCAACACUGCAGCAAGAAUGGGUCUAUGCCUGUCCAUCCUGGGUCCAACGCUUCUCAGCCUCAAAGAUCACCUACACACGACGCUACCCAAGAUCUCCUUGGUGUUCGCAGGACGGAGUGUCGGCUACCUCUCUGGAGCCAUUCUCGGAGGGAUGCUCUUCGAAGCCUUCAACCCUUUGUUCCUUCUUGCCAUUGUCCUCCUCCUGUGCGGUAUAGGGAUCACGGUUGCCCCGUUCGCGACAACGGUCCUUGUGCUGGGAAUGUGUAUAAGUACUGUUGGUAUCAGCAUGGGUGUCUUGGAUACAGGUGCUAAUCUCGUCUGCCUUCGAAUGUGGGGAAAGAAACGUUCAGGCACCAUGCUACAAGCCCUUCAUUUCAGCUUUGCCCUCGGUGCCUUCUUCUCCCCCCUCCUGGCGGCUCCCUUUCUGGUAGACACCUCAACCACCGGCAAUAUGGUGGCAACACCUUCCACUUUGGUUCCUCCAACUGUGACUGUAACAAUGACAGAAGCCAUUCAUACCAUGGUUAAUGAAAAAUUCACAAGCAGCAAGCCUGAUGAUGUUACCACCGGUGUCAAGCCUGAUGAUGACACCAGCAAUAACAAUCCUAAUGAUGACAAGACUGAUACCACCAAGAAAAAGCGUGAUGGUCGUUCCACCGAUGUCAAGUCUGACAAUGGUAGCACUGAUGUCAAGUCUAAUAAUGGUAGCACUGAUGUCAAGUCUGACAAUGGUAGUACCGAUGAAAAGUCUAAUAAUGGUAGCACCGAUGUCAAGUCUAAUAAUGGUAGCACUGAUGUAAAGUCUGACAAUGGUAGUACUGAUGUAAAGUCUGACAAUGGUAGCACCGAUGUCAAGUCUAAUAAUGGUAGCACCGAUGUCAAGUCUGACAAUGGUAGCACUGAUGUCAAGUCUGACAAUGGUAGCACUGAUGUAAAGUCUAACAAUGGUAGCACCGAUGUCAAGUCUGAUGAUGGUAGCACUGAUGUCAAGUCUAAUAAUGGUAGCACCGAUGUCAAGUCUGACAAUGGUAGCACUGAUGUCAAGUCUAACAAUGGUAGCACCGAUGUCAAGUCUGACAAUGGUAGCACCGAUGUCAAGUCUAAUAAUGGUAGCACUGAUGUCAAGUCUAACAAUGGUAGCACCGAUGUAAAGUCUGAUGAUGGUAGCACUGAUGUCAAGUCUGAUGAUAGUUCCACCAAUGAAAACGACGGCAACACUGAGAAUGACGAUGAAUCCAAGAAUGCUAACAUUAUCAGUUCCAACGAAUUGACAUCCUCCCUCCAUCAGGUUCCAAGAUUUGCAAUACCAUACAUCAUCAUAGGGAUUUUUGUUCUUAUAACCUCAGUACUCUUUUUCUAUUUCCUUUUCACCAAGCCCAAGGACGAACCGAAGUACGUCGGAUCAGAGGAUUCCGGUGCAGCUUCAGACAACUUCCCAUUUAAAACCAGAGUUUUGCUCCUCCUGUUCUGCUUCUACUUCCUUUAUGUUGGUGGAGAAGUGGCAUAUGGAAGCUUUGUACCUAUGUUUGCCAGUAAGAGUCCUCACCAAUUUGGGCAAGACCGUGCUAGCCAUGUUGCAGCACUGUUCUGGGGCACUUUCACCCUUGGGCGCGGCCUAGCCAUAUGUCUUGCCAGUGUCGUCUCACCUCUCAAGAUGGUGAUUGCCGACAUGGUGGGAUGCGUCACGACCUCUGUAAUCUUGACUCUCUUUGCAGAUACCAACGAGAAUGUCUUGUGGUUAGGCAGUGCCCUGUUAGGACUGUCGAUGGCAUCGCUCUUCCCGACGGGAAUCGCCUGGCUAGAAACGUACACCCGUGUCACCGGCAACACCGCAUCCUUCCUCGUAAUUGGUAGCGCCCUGGGCGAGAUGUGCGUGCCUGUUGUCAUCGGCUACCUCUUCGAAGACAUAAUCGGCCCUAUGGUACUGAUGUACUGGAUGUUAGCUACGUCUGCAUUGUCGGCCCUCAUCUUCGCCUACGUGAUGUGGUUGAUGAUGGAGAAUGGGAAGGAGAAGGAGUCGCUUCCAGCCGAGAAAAGCCCCGCCUUGGACCUUCUUCACAGCGUUGAGGAGGCCUUCCCCGGGGAGGAAUUCUUCAGCAAUGGGACAUCAAGCAGCAAGCAAAUGAGUAAACCUUUAGUCCCUCCAAUACUCAAGAAGAAGGACCAUAGAGAGUGAUUUGUGCCAUUAAUUACCAAGUCAGUACUGCUGCAGAAUAAAUACUCAUUUACCUACCCUAAUUUCACUACCAGGGUUGUCUCUAUCAUUUGGGGCAUUGCAAGAAAAUAUCAAUUCAAAUUUCAGUUGCAAAUUUACAACUAAACUUUAACUAAACAAAUCGAUUUAUACUUGAUAGUACAUGAAGCAGACUUGCAACCAAAUGCACAUUUGCAAUUAUUUGGGGAUCUAAUAUUGACUUGCUAUCGAUUGCAGGUUUCUUGCAUCACUCCAUGAAUUGUGACAAACAUUUCAUACUGUGGCACCAUACUAGAGGCCAAAGAUGCUUCAGUCUCUGAAAGGUUAAGAAAGCUCUUCCAGGAAAGCCCAUGUAAAUUGGGUCCAAUACAAACGGUAAUAUGGGAUAAUCAGAAGCAGCAAAAAAGGUCCUCAUGCAUCAUUUGUUUUAUAACUGAGAACAUGAGCAGUUUUUGCGUUUUCAGUUCAUCAGCUCCAUGUUCAGGUUGCCUUGCCCCUUGACUAAUAAAUCCCUUCAUAUGGUCAAUCAAUACGUUUUCAGAGCAAUCAUUAAUAUAUAGGCCUACCAUUUAUGAGGUGCUGAUUUUCUAGUUUCCUAUCAAAUGGCGCAAUAUAUAGGCCUAUUGCCCCGGCUGUAGCUCCAGCUGCUAAAGGCGCUUGGUGCCUUCAAGGAAUUAAUCCUGCCUGGUACCUCAACUGGGUCGAGUGCAGCACAAUAUGUGUUAAUAUUUUGCUGAAGGAAAAAAACGCCAUGACUGGGAAUUGAACCCAGGUCCCUCAUAUUGAAAGACGAGAGUCAACCCACUGGACCACGAUGCCCCCUUGCUACAUGACAGCUGAGGGUUGCUAAAGCCUGGCUUGUACCUUUGCUUUAAGGGCACACUCCCAUGUGUACAUGACAUCUGAGGAUUGCUUGAAGGUAAAAGACAGUAGUUGUAGCAAUCAAUCACUUCAUGAGAAAGUCUUUUAAAUCAAGUUUAAUUGUCAAAAUAUUAUCAUACAUCUAGAUCUGGUACAUUAAUGUAAACUUAUCUUUGUGAGAUCAUGAAAUCUUAGCUCAAAAUCGAUAAUUCUGAUGAUCACUAACACAGAAAAGCGUAUGUGGGACAGUGUAGUAAUAUCGCUUCGAAAAAUACCCAACAUUUCAUGGAAUUCUGUGCUUAUUUUGCUCAUUUCUUAGCAAUUAAACAUUUCCUUCCAGAGCUAAAAAAAUAAUGAAACCAAAAAAAUCUAAACUUUGAAUUAUAAGUGAUCUCCAUUAACAUUGAUUUCAUUUUUAUUUUUCAAAUUGAAAAUAUAUAUCUGUAUGGCGAACUUAUGUUUGCCUUUGAUUUAAAAGACAUGAUAUUUGCCUUGAAAUAUAUCAAAUAUUAGAAAAAAAGGAAUUGCAAUAGUUUAUUGAAUGUUUGUCACGUGAUCAUGUGUUCUAAUGUGUUCCAUCAAAUGGUAAAAACAUAGAAGCCUUUAUUGUCAGCAGUAUCCUAACUGAUUUAUGGUGAAGAAUUAUUCUGGAGCCCUUUUGGAUUUGCUUUUAUCUUCCAAAAUUGCAAUAAUUUUUAUGAUUUCAUUGCUGCAUUUAUUUAGUUAAUGUUCCUGGUAUAAAUUGAGUUUUUUUUUUAAAUUGUAAACCAAUAAUUUUCAUCUCAGUUUUUCACAUCUGUAACAUAUUUUGAUUUUGAGAGGCAAAAUAGUAACAAAAUGAUCAAGCAGUUUCUGCAUUCUUGCAUUUUAUUGAGUAUGGGAAUAACUUCACGAGCUUCGGUUUGUUUUCUGCUUGCUAUUGUUUAGUGUGGUAAUAAUUUUCUGUUUAUAAUGUUACAAUCAAACUCUUUUGAACAUCUGAAAUAUAUUAAUUUUGAAAUUUAUUGAUUAUAUAGAUUAAUGUGGAUCCAUUCAGUUAUGUCUCCUUACCUUUGGUAAUGUUUGAUAUGUGUUUUGCUCUUAUUGUAAUUUUGGACUUUCAACCUAAAUUAAUUGUGCACCUGUUUACUUGUAAGCCUUUGUAGUGUUAUUGCAUACCUUUACUGUUGAUAUGCAUAGGGUUGAGUGGAGAAUAUUACAUUUAAAUCAUUUAUUUAUACAAUAACAUUUCGUCAGCUCACCUCUGAUCAUGUUAAACACUAUAAUUCCAAUGUCCAUAUUCAUUUUUAAAUUCAUUGACUCUUUUUUGUGUGUACAAUUUUUUUGAUUAUCCAUAUAAUUGUAGAUUCCAAGGUUAUACAUAUAUAUUGACUGUGGGUGUCCAUUCAGACUAGGGUUUUUU